UGCGGCAUACUGCAGGUUUGUGGAAAAGUUAUUUUAACUUAAAAAUGUAUUACAUCAAAUAAAUAUAUGAUUUUCCUAACCUAUUUUCAUUAACAUGCAACAGGUAGUUUGGCAAUAAUCGGCCAAAUUAUCAACAUUCCAGUCGACGUGGCCCAGAUGGUAGGCGAACUUCCCCGCCACCUGGAUGACGACUAUGCUAUCAACGUGUGCAUCAAGAAACACUUCAUACACAAAUCAAGUUACUUGUCCGGCUACGUGAAGAAAGGUACCGUUAAAGCAUGGCUGAACUAUCUGGUUACUACACCGCUCUACAGGCGGAAUGGAAUUGUUUUCAAUGAAGAAAACUUGGCUGCGAUCGGACAAACAGAGCAGACGGAUAUUUCGGAGGAACGUAGGGCAGUAGACCUUGAAGUCGUCGACGAGAUGAACGAGGUAGAAAUGAUGAUUGGACAACAACAUACGCUCAUGUGGAAUGAAGACAAGUGUCUGGAACUUGCACCGGCACAAAAUCAGAAACCGCUUUCCAUUAUCUACGAUGAGUUUGCUGAGGAGCUGUCUUUCCCCGAUAUUUAUCUUGGUCAUCCGAGAUGCUUCAACCGUGAAGUCCAUGUGACAGCGUUCAUGAUGGCUACUAGCGAGGUGCGACGUCGGGAUCGGCGGGGCGCGAGACCGGAGCAUAUUUUGUAUAUGGCCAUGAAAAUCAUGCGGCUGCGGGUAUCGGAAGGAUUGAACAAUACCUUUAAAUGCAUGGGCACGGCCAACAUAACAAGGGCGCAGUUGCAAGAUCGGGAAUUUUUGGAAAGCUGUAUUGAGCGUAACCUCUCUUUUCUGAAAUCUAUUCCGAACUCCGUUCAAUAUUGGCAGCAAAGAAAACGGGAUGUUUUCGCCAUGAUCCGUCAGCUGGGGAAACCCACGAUGUUUUUGACGAUGAGUGCAAAUGAAAUUAGAUGGCCUCACCUACUAAGCAUUCUGCGGAAGCUUUCUGGUGGCUCUAACAUUGCGGAAAUGGACGAUAUUGUGCAACAGUUGUCUGCACUCCAGCGUGCUACACUUGUCAGCGAAGAUCCUGUCACGUGUUGUGCAUAUUUUCACAAGUUGGUAAACAUCUUUCUGCGCCUUCUGUCAUCGACCAGGUUGAGCCCGUUCGGAAAAUACCACGUUGUAGAUUAUUUUAAGAGGAUCGAGUUCCAGCAUCGUGGCAGCCCGCAUGCACAUAUUCUGCUCUGGCUGGCGAACGAUCCCCGUGAGGAUGUUUCCGAAAGAAUGCCCGCUACUGUUGAGUUGAUCGAUUUUCUGUGCUCCAUCAGAUCGGAAGAUCUGCCUGAGACCUAUGGCAAUCAGGUGGGUUUAAAUUUCGCAUAGUUUCUAGCAAGUAAUCACUCACAAUGUCAAACCCUUUUAGGUUCAUAAACACACGUUUACGUGUUUCAAGCGAAAUGAUAAACGUUGCCGGUUUAAUAUUCCGUACUGGCCAAUGGAUCAAACCAGAAUUCUGAUCCCUAUUACAGCCGGGGAUGGCCGACUUCAACAGCUAAACAGAAAGGCAGCGAAAAUGCGGGAAGCUCUUGAAACGAAGGUCUACGAUAGCCUUGACGCGUUUCUCGUUGAUAGCAGUUGCACGUACGAUUACUACUUGGACGUGAUUCGCUCUUCCAUUCGCCGACCAACAGUUCUGCUGAAACGUUCCAUGACGCAGCUUUGGACCAAUCCAUUCAAUCCUUGGAUCGCUGAGAAGCUCAAAUCCAAUAUGGAUUUGCAGUUUGUGCUGGAGGAGUUUUCAUGUGCUGCUUAUGUUGUGGAAUACGUAAACAAGACCAACAGAGGCAUAAGUAGUUUACAUCGUGACCUCAUAAAGCUCCAGGAAGAGCAUCCAGACCAGGACUACAAUGGAUUGUUGAAGAAGGUCAGCAUAAAAAUGUUAAAUUCCGUGGAAAUGUCUGCCCAGGAGGCUGCUUGGUAUUUGCUUCGGCAACCGAUGUCAGAAGCCAGCCGCAAGGUUGAGUUUAUUGCGACAAUGUGGCCACAAGAGCGAAUAAAAUCCAAGAAGCGGAAC